CCCUCCUUCCCCUCACCCUCUGUUUUUUUCCCCUCGUUCGUGGUGCUUUCUUAGUGAGGGUAGUCUGAAUCUGCUUUGAAGGCUAACAGUAAUCGUAUACUGCUAAUGUUCGAUUGCAGUCAAUGCUUCAGAAUUUUUGAGAGUGAAAAACGCAUUUCCCUCUGCCCGAGAGGUGCGAUGAAGUAGCAGUGCAACACGGCGACACCACCGACACGCUUAGCUUCGCAGAGCCAGAAAUAUAAAAAGACUGCGAGAGAAGAGAGAUGAAGGGUGAGGCAUCUUCUGAUCUCUGAAUCGAAGAACUUGUUUGAAGAGAGAGCAAGGAAAGGAAAUCUGCAAUCAAUUGCCGAUCAAAGCUGCCAUUUUUGAGACUUUGUAAGCUCUUUUCUUUGCUUCUUCCAUCCACGUCCUUUCAGGUUAAUCCUUCUCUUUGUUCAUCUACUUCCUUGAUUUUUACUGUUCUGCUAUUUUCCCUGGAAAAAAUCUGCAAAAGAUUUGCUAUUUUCUUUUCCUAGCAACCUUACUGUCAUAGAUCUUUAAUGCUGUAACUUUUGAAAAACAAGGUCACAAAACCUUUAACUAUUUGCGGUUGGACUUGAAAUUUGAUCUGUUAGUGAAAGUGAUCUUCGUUUAUAUAUUCAAUUUUUUGUGAAGCAAACGGCAUAUUUAUUUUAUUUUUUUAAUUUCAAAAGCCAAGUGCUUGUUCUUUCUUUCAUCAGUUCAUCUUCAUCACUCCCCAUUUUAUUGUUACUCAUCAAACAUGGAUUAUGAUAGCAAUUUCGUUUAUAUAUAUUGAUUUCAUCUUCAUUAUUUCAUUUCCACUCCUGACUUAAAAUUAUAUUUCUGCUCAUUUUGAGGGUUUUUUUUUUUUUGGUUGGUUUGAAUUCUGAAAGCUUGAGGGAUCAAUUCUUUCACUCUUGGAACAAAUUGCGAAGUGUGCAGACUAAAAUAAAAUUUAAUAUAGUUGAUAAAAUUAUUUGUGUAUGUUUAGUUUAGAAAUGAAAAAUAAUUAACUAACCUAACAGUAAUAGAUGAGUAUUGGUAGGACGCCCUGUAUGAAAUAGAAUAUAACAGAAUAGGAUUUUAUUUCUUACUAAAAUCCAUGUCUCAACCAAAUAUGAGAUAUUUUCUUAAAUCUGAAUUUAAAAUACUCUGUUUGGAUUCGGGAUUUCCAAAGCUAAAGUUGAAGGCUGAAGCAAGAAAUUGCUCCACAUGAGUGCAGCUAUUGCUUCGGUGCUGUUGGCUGCAGCAAUUUACAAAGCUCUCAGAAUCUCUCCUCGUUGUAAAGAUGAUGUUGAUUCAACUUCCACGGGUUCUUCUCAUGUUGACAUUGCUCCUCCUGCAAUCAAGUAUGAUGUAUUCCUUAGCUUUAGAGGGGAAGACACCAGGGACAAUUUCACUAGUCAUCUUUAUGAAGCACUUUGCAAGGCAAACAUUCGAACUUUUAUGGAUCACAAGCUCCACAAAGGAGAUAAUAUCUCGCCAAUUCUUUUGAGAACAAUUGAGGAAUCAGAGAUCUCUCUGAUUAUUUUCUCUCAAGAUUAUGCUUCUUCAACAUGGUGUAUGGAAGAACUCAUUCACAUCAUGGAAUGCAACCAAAAUAUAGAAGGAUUGCCAUUCCUAUUUUCUACAAUGUAGAUCCAUCAAGUAUUCGUAAACAAAAUGGGAGUUUCGGAUAUGGAUUUGCUAAGCUUAAGCAAAGGUUUAAAUGCAACCAAGAAAAAGUGAAAAAGUGGAUAAAUGCUUUGAUCCAAUCAACAAGUCUCUCUGGAUGGGAUUCCAAGAGUGUUAGGUAGCUUUUAACCAUUCUUCUUUUAUAAUUCUUUUUCUUUGAACUUUGAAUAUGAUUUUUCUUUUAUUUUAUAUUUGCGCUAGGCCCGAAUCCAACUUGUUAAAGAGAUCGUUGAUGAUUUUUUGAGAGCAAUUGAAUCGGAAGUCAUCCUUUCAUGUUGAAGGACUAGUUGGGAUCGAUCACCAGAUAAUGAAAUUGAAGAGCUACUACAUGAGUUUCGCAUUGUGGGAACGUGGGGUAUGGGUGGUAUUGGCAAGACCACUCUUGCCAAAGUUGUGUUUCACAUUUGAAAGCACAAUUUGAAGCUUUCUGCUUUAUUGAAAAUGUCAGAGAACAACUAGCUAGAAAGGGAUUGGAUGUAUUACAGGAAAACUGCCUUAAAGAAUUACUAAAAGAUGAGGAUAUCAACAUUUACAAUAUGAAAUCGACUUUUGUGAAAAGUAGGCUCCAACAAAAAAAAAAAUUCUUCUGGUGCUUGAUGAUGUGGACAAGUUCAUUGCAGU